CGAUGGUUUUUAGUCCUCUAUUUUUAAGUUCAACCCCCUUGUCUGGAUAAGUUUUAGAUAUGCAUGUGGUGAAAUUAUUUGUGUUAUAUGGACUGUUAGAUAUGUAAUUCGUCUGACGUUCCGUGUGUCAUGUGGUUCGUCUGAGUUCAUUGUUUCAUUGUUGUUGUCUUGUGGGACUGUCGUAGUAAAAGGUCAUUGAUAUAUAUAUGGCGGACAUGACUUUUGUUUAUUCAUAACGAACAUUGGACUUGUGACGAUUUUAACUACCUAAAAAGCAAUAUGGAAGUGACGACUAACCAGAGCUACGAUUACCAUUUCGAAUACGAAUACGAAUACGAAGUUUUCCGAAAUGAUGCCUUUGGACGGUUGAACAUAUUCAUGUGUAUAUCGAUUAUCAUAGUUGUCCUGUUCGACAUAUUUCUAAUAGUCGCCGUUUUCCUAGAUCGUAAAUCUCAUGGGAAAACGCGCUCUUUGUCACUACUGAACUAUUUUCUGAACUAUGCUCUCGUUGCUUUGUUUGCUUAUUUCCAGAGUUUGCAUGUCUUUAUAGUUCGAGAUUUGCCAAAAUCUCAUUGCCUAUUCAUCGUUAUAUUAGCUUACACGGUUAACGAAGGUGAUAAGUAUUUCCUUAUACCUCUUUGCUGCGAGUUUAUCGUGAAGUAUUUUAGGCCAAGCAGAUACGAAAAUCAAAUUUUCCUAAUUAUCCAAUCCGUAUUGAUAGGAAUUUUGUGGGUCUUUAUUAGUAUCAAAACUUUGGUAAUCAUUCUAGCUUUUUCACACCAACCUUCAAAUGGCUGCUAUGUUUCCUACUAUAACAGUGCCAUUGUUGCUCAGUUUGUAAUAAGUAUUCUGUUGUUGAUUGCAAUGUUAGUCUUUAUAGGCUUCCUGAUCUACAUUGCCAUCAAGAGUAAAGAACAAGAGAUGAUGAAAUCACAAGUGAUAACUUUGAUUAUUAUUACAAUAGUGACUGUAAUUUUAUACUUUCUAAACAAUAUGAUUGUUGCUGGGUUUGUGGGACUAAUGCAUGCUAAUUUUUUUGUCAUUGAUCGGGUUACAAAUAUUGUCAUCUUCCUGCUUUUACCGUUUCUGUGGCUUUUCGAUGCCACUAUAAGACAAAGUAUUCGGAAUUUAUGUUCAAGGAAAUAUACAAAAUCUAACGGUCAUCCCUCGCACGAGUUAACUGAAAUAAAUUAAUCUUAUAAAGUGAUAUUAAACUAACAUUAUAUCCUUUGAUAUAGUAGGGUAAAUCUGUUCAGCAAUACAUUAUAAGGAUUGUAUGUAUGUCUGUAUGUACGUAUGUAUGUAUGUCUGCACGUGUAUAUGUGUGUUUGUAUGCACGCAUAUAUGUAUGUGUGCAUGUCUAUGUGUAUAUUUGUGCGUAUAUAUAUACGUACACUUACAUACAUCCAGACAUAUAUAUAUAUAUAUAUGAAAACCAGUGGAUAGAUUCCACUGAAAUUAGAUAAAUAACCUUCGAACAGAUAGUCAGCAGCGCCGCCUGGCUAGGGCUUGGCUGCUCUGCAUUGACAAGGGGCAACACCCUGAAACUAGUCUGCAGAUGCCAAACCAGCAGGGGGACGCUGCUGACCUCCCCUGUUCGAAGGUUAUAAAGGACACAGGUUUCGUGUGUCACAUAGCUAGCUAGAGGCGAUGGCUGCUUGGAGCUAAUUCACGGCAGCUUUCGUCCUAAUUUUGGGACUGCCAUGUUGGCUUGGCGAUAACUAUUAAUUUCCAGUACCGCUGCCGUAGUC